GGCUAUAGUCAAGAGCGACGGUCAGCUGACGCCGUCAACACAACACCCAGCCCUCCCAGUCAUGCUUCAAGUCUAACUUCUUCAUGCAAACUGCACCUACUAUACAAGAAGAAGUCUAACUUGAUGUUAAGUGUUAAUUCUUAAAACACUUCUGGUUCCUGCAUCAACUGGCAACAACAACAACGAUAUUGAAGCCUUGUUAAAUAGUAACUACUGACGUGUCACUGUGACGCGUCUCCUAACAUUACCACUCGUAUAGUCAUCUGAAGGAGAGAACCUGCACGCAAACUGCACCUACUAUAAAGAAGUUGUGUUUACGGUCACAGCCCCAAGUGUGAUGAUCGUAUGAUUGAGUCAAGAUGCCUUUCCAACAAGCUGGAGCUGCAGAGGUUCUUAGAGCAUCUCAGAAGGAUGAGAGUUUUCUUGACCAUCUGAAGAGCUGUGUCUCUGAGGUUGUCCAAAGGUCAGCAGGUACUAGAGUGUGGCUGGACAUACAUAAACAUGCCGAGAUUCUCUGUGAGUUUGCUUAUUACAGCUUGACUACAUUAUGUCUUCGUCAAACCCUAGGAGAGGAGUACACAGGGAUACUAGAAGUUGACCACACAAAGAGAAGAUUACCAAACACUUUUGAGAGGGUAGCCAUGGUAAUACUUCAAUGUUUUGGUCCAGAAGUUAUACGAAGGCUGCUAUCCAAAUUGGAAGACUCUUCUAGAGCUGGAAAGUUAUCCAUAUACCUCCGGCCAGAGCUGAAGAAUCUUGUACUGCAACACAUAUCAACUCUAAAAUACUCCAUUACCCUGUUGCAUCGUCUUCACCUAGCCACUUUUUAUUUUUCUGGUGCAUUUUAUCAUUUAUCUAAAAGAAUUACUGGUAUAAAAUAUGUUUUGGUACGUGAAUGGUAUGGUGACAGUUCUGCAAGCAAAUCAUUUCAAAUCCUAGGAAUGGUGCUGCUUACUCAUACCCUUUUGACUACUGUGUAUGCAGCUUAUACACACUUGUUUCUCAAGCUUCCGACGGAGAAUACACAGCCAUCAGCAAAGUGUUACAUAGAGAGUAAAAAGCAGUGUGCUCUGUGUCUUGACGAGCGAAAGUACUCGUCAGUCACACCCUGUGGACACCUGUUCUGCUGGCACUGCAUCCAGGAGUGUCUGCAGACAAGUCAGCAGUGUCCACUGUGCAGACAUCCGGCAACACCUUCUCAAGUGGUGCCCCUACUUAAUUAUGACUGAACUGUGGUCAUAUUGUAAGUGAAAUAACCUUUCAGGUAUACAUAGUAUGCAGUUUUAUGUAU